AUCAAGAUCAACUUAAUCAUAAAUAAUGAAAUGGAUAUAUUACUUAUUUAUUAUACUUAUCAAUUAUUUAAUACCUAUUAACACUAUAGUAUAUGAUGAAGGAAUUAAUAUGAAUGUAGAUAUGACAUCAUUCAAUGGGAAUGAAUAUGAAGAAGCCAAGAAUUAUAGGAAUAAUACUAAUAUAGAAAGUAAUCUAUAUGAAACAGAUAUAUCAACUACAUUAAUUCUACCUAUUAUGACAGAUGAACAAAGAUUAUUAUCAAAAAUAUUAAAUGGUUAUGAUACAGCAUCUAGACCAAUAUUUAAUGCAUCUAAAAGUGUACAAGUUGGAUUUCAAUUUACAUUAAUACAAAUUAGUCAAUUGGAUGAAGUAAACCAAGUACUUACAUUAAACGUAUGGAUUGAACAGGAAUGGGUGGAUGAAAGACUUACAUGGAAUCCUCAAGAUUAUAAUAAUCUUUCAAGAAUAAGAAUUCCAUGUCAAAAAUUAUGGUUACCAGAUAUUGUAUUAUAUAAUAGUGCAGAUGAUUACAAAACAGAUUAUAUGCAAAGUAAAGCAAUGGUACAAUUCAAUGGAAAUGUAUUUUGGCCACCACCAGCUAAAUUACGAUCAACUUGUAAAAUUGAUAUUACCUAUUUUCCAUUUGAUGAUCAAUCAUGUACUAUGAAAUUUGGUUCAUGGACAUAUGAUGGUUGGCAAGUGAAUGUAAUUAAAAGACAUGAUGAAGUAGAUAUAUCGAAUUAUGUUGAAAAUGGUGAAUGGGAUCUACUUAAAGUUGUCGUAGAAAGACAUGAGAUAUUUUAUCCAUGCUGUAAUGAACCAUAUCCUGAUUUACGAUUUACAAUUUAUAUGCGUCGACGUACACUUUAUUAUUUAUUUAAUAUCAUUUUUCCAUGUUUAUGGUUAACUGUAUUAAGUUUAGUUAGUUUUUGGUUACCUCCUGAUUCUGGUGAAAAAAUUACACUUGGUAUAACUGUAUUAUUAGCAUUCAGUGUAUUUAUGUUAUUGAUUGCAGAGAAUAUGCCAGCUACAAGUGAAUUUGUACCCUUAAUUGGUAAGUGAUCAAUCAUGAAAUUGAUCACAAUUUUAACUUUUUUAAAAAUUUAUUUUUUUUAUUGAGAUCUUGAACUGAUUGAUGUUAGACGAUCAUUGAAAACUUGAAAGUAGUGGACGGCCGUUUCGUUCUAUUCUAGGACUACUCAGCUGUGUGAAUCCACAAUCCUGCUCAUGGGAUUCGAAACCAGAGCCUUCAGUCUCAUGUAUGAACGGCAUCCAAGAAUGUUAAUGUCGAACCUUGAUUUAAUCAUGAAGA